ACCGGAAGUAGUGGCGGCGCUGCGUAACGUCGAGAGGAAGUGCCUGAUGCCGCGGCCUGUGAUUGGGAGUUGCUGGAGUCGGUGCUUCACUCUUAAGGUUCCGACCACAGACUGCGGAGUGGGUCCGGGGCUGCGAGGGCUGCCCCAAGUCCUAGCGGGUUUGCACGGGCGCACCCGGCUCCGCCCGCAAGUGCGCCUUCCUUACUGCUGGGUGCGCGGGGCUGGGGGUGCGAGGACCACCCCUGAAGUCUCUUCCUGGGCGACCUCCGGGGCCUCCUUAAAGAGAAGGAUCUAAAUUAGGAAAAGGAAGUACCCUUAUCCACGACCAAGAUCUUCCACCUGCGGAGCUCGCUUAGUCUGCACCUCAACCGUGCGGAAAGUGACUGCCCUGUUUGCUGAGGAAAAACUGGGGCUCAGAAAGAUACCAUGGAGUAGUUUGAAACAGGAACAAAAUCUUCUGAAAGCUCGGAGCAGAAGCCUUUUUGGUCAACAUGGAGGAAAAAAGACGGCGAGCCCGAGUUCAGGGAGCCUGGGCUGCCCCUGUUAAAAGCCAGGCCAUUGCUCAGCCAGCUACCACUGCUAAGAGCCAUCUCCACCAGAAGCCUGGCCAGACCUGGAAGAACAAAGAGCAUCAUCUCUCUGACAGAGAGUUUGUGUUCAAAGAACCUCAGCAGGUAGUACGUAGAGCUCCUGAGCCACGAGUGAUUGACAGAGAGGGUGUGUAUGAAAUCAGCCUGUCACCCACAGGUGUAUCUAGGGUCUGUUUGUAUCCUGGCUUUGUUGACGUGAAAGAAGCUGACUGGAUAUUGGAACAGCUCUGUCAAGAUGUUCCCUGGAAACAGAGGACCGGCAUCAGAGAGGAUAUAACUUAUCAGCAACCAAGACUUACAGCAUGGUAUGGAGAACUUCCUUACACUUAUUCAAGAAUCACUAUGGAACCAAAUCCUCACUGGCAUCCUGUGCUGCGCACACUAAAGAACCGCAUUGAAGAGAACACUGGCCACACCUUCAACUCCUUACUCUGCAAUCUUUACCGCAAUGAGAAGGACAGCGUGGACUGGCACAGUGAUGAUGAACCCUCACUAGGCAGGUGCCCCAUUAUUGCUUCACUAAGUUUUGGUGCCACACGCACAUUUGAGAUGAGAAAGAAGCCACCACCAGAAGAGAAUGGAGACUACACAUAUGUGCAAAGAGUGAAGAUACCCUUGGAUCAUGGGACCUUGUUAAUCAUGGAAGGAGCGACACAAGCUGACUGGCAGCAUCGAGUGCCCAAAGAAUACCACUCUAGAGAACCGAGAGUGAACCUGACCUUUCGGACAGUCUAUCCAGACCCUCGAGGGGCACCCUGGUGACGUCAGAGCUUUGAGAGAGAAGCUUCACUGAAACAGAGCAAACCUUCCACUGAGAAGCCACUUCAAGAGGCUGGUGCUGCUAGAUCUCAUGAUGUGGCUGUUGGGAAGAUGCUGGGGUUUGUUUGCCAGCUUGGAGUCCUAUUAAAUGAGAGCCAGCAACUCAUGUUGGUAAUAGGUCUACUGUGGGAACAGUUAUCCCUAACCACAGCUCAAAAUCGUUAUCAUCUUUAGGCAAAUUAAAAUCUAUGUGGCAGUGCUCACGGA